CCUAGCGGGCGCAUCCGGCGGGAGGCGGUGCCGCGGCGCGGGGCCCGGCCAUGCCGCGGGGCCGGCGGGGCGGCGGGGCCGCGGGGCAGCCGGUGCUGAGCAGAUUCUUCGGGGCGGCGGCGAGCGGCGACGAGAGCGGGCCCCGCUACACGGCUUCUAAAUGUGGCACAAAAAGGAGCACAUCUACUGAAAGCAAUGAACCAUGUGAAAAGAAGACCAAGGCACGGCAGAUUACUCUGGAAGAGAUCUGUAACCCACUGAAGACUCAGGAUAAAAAAGAAUCUCAGAAGCGUGAGAAGUCCCGUAUCUGUUUGGAAACUCUGGGCAGGCUGAGAGAGUUCUGCAGUGAUUCGAACCAGCAGUGCACCAGCCUCCGGGAGGAUGGCUUUCAGGAGAAGGAAAAAUGUCCCAGGAGGAGCUCAGAACUGCAAAAUCCUCUCCCAUCUUGGGACAGUGGCCCGAAGGUGGCACAGAAGGAGGAGUUACAAUGUAAUCUUAGCCAGUUUUCUCUUAAGUCCUAUGAAAAUUCUCAAAAUUCUUCAGAGACAAAUCUUAAUAAAAGAACCAAAAGCAUUUACACUCCACUAGAGCUCCAGUUUAUAGAAAUGAAGAAAAAGUAUAAAGAUGCUGUUUUGUGUGUGGAAUGUGGAUACAAAUACCGGUUCUUUGCUCAGAGCACGUUGGAGGGGGCUGGAGCUGCCCUCUGUGGGGCUGCUCAGAGCGAGUGCCCCCGGGGCAGUGCUGAGCUCACAGCACUCACCCCAUCUCACAGGGCGCCCUGCUCAGCCCGAGAGCUGCUCUCCAGCGGCGCUCUGAGAGCUCUUGCCUGUGAAUCAUGCUCUGCACAUCGCUCCGAGGACGUGUGGAGCUGGCAAACAGCCUCCUUGAGAUCAAGCAGGUUACAGGAUGACAGAAUUAGGUUGGAAAGGAUGGAAAACCGCAAUUUUGAGUACAGCCAUGCUUUCCAGAGGGUUACUGACUUCUAUGCAAAAGAGGUGCCUGGUACUGCAGGUCCUCAAAACCUAUCUGUAAUACUAAGCUUGGAUAAGCCUGUUAUUUGCUCUCUGGCAGCAGUAAUUACAUAUCUCAAAGAAUUUAAUUUGGAAAAGAUGCUUUACAAUCCAAGCAAUUUCAAACGGUUGUCCAGUGAAACGGAAUACAUGACAAUUAAUGGGACAACAAUGAAAAAUCUUGAAAUUUUACAGAAUCAGACUGACAUGAAAACAAAAGGAAGCCUGCUCUGGGUGUUGGAUCACACCAGAACUUCGUUUGGACGUCGAAGGUUGAAGAAAUGGGUGACCCAGCCCCUGCUGAAACUGAGUGAAAUAAAUGCCCGGCUUGAUGCUGUGUCUGAAAUUCUGCUGUCAGAAUCCAGCGUGUUUGGUCAGAUUCAAAAUCUUCUUUGUAAGCUGCCAGAUUUAGAGAGAGGCCUCUGCAGUGUUUUCCACAAGAAGUGCUCUACGCAGGAGUUCUUCUUGAUAGUCAGCACCCUGUCUCGUCUGGACUUGGAAAUUCAAGCUUUUGUCCCAGUCAUACAGUCCCAUGUGAGAUCUCCUCUAUUAAAAGAUGCACUGUUGGAAAUCCCAGACCUUCUCUCCCCAGUAAAACAGUAUUUAAAGAUCCUUAAUGAAGAAGCAGCCAAGACUGGAGAUAAAACCCAGUUGUUCAAGGACCUGACAGACUUCCCUGCCAUCCGAAAGAAGAAGGAGGAGAUCCAGGACGUGCUUUCUAAAAUCCAAUUGCAUCUGCCGGAUAUUCGUAAACAGAUUAAGAACCCUUCUGCAGAGUAUGUUGCAGUUUCGGGUCAAGAGUUUUUGAUAGAAGUCAAGAAUUCCCAUAAAUCAUCUGUGCCAUCUGACUGGGUGAUGGUUAGUAGCACCAAAGCCGUGAGCCGCUUCCACUCGCCGCUGGUCACCGAGAGCUACAGGGUCCUGCAGCAGCUCCGUGAGCAGCUGGUGCUGCUCUGCACCUCGGGCUGGCUCUGCUUCCUGGACCGUUUCAGUGAACAUUAUCACCCCGUGUCUAAAGCCAUUUGUCACCUAGCAACUGUGGACUGCCUGUUCUCAUUGGCCCAGGUGGCCAAACAAGGAGACUACUGCAGGCCAACUGUGCAAGACAGUCGUCGUGAAAUAACGAUAAAGAAUGGGAGGCACCCUGUGAUUGAUGUUCUGCUGGGAGAGCAGGAUCAGUACGUGCCAAACACCACCAGCCUUUCAGGAGAUGGUGAAAGGGUCAUGAUAAUAACUGGGCCCAACAUGGGAGGGAAGAGCUCCUACAUCAAGCAAGUGGCACUGAUCACAGUCAUGGCACAGAUUGGCUCUUUUGUUCCUGCAGAAGAGGCCACAAUUGGCAUUGUGGAUGGAAUUUUUACCAGAAUGGGUGCUGCAGACAACAUCUACAAAGGCCGGAGCACCUUCAUGGAGGAGCUGACAGACACCGCUGAGAUCAUCAGAAAAGCCACCUCGAGGUCACUGGUGAUCCUGGACGAGCUGGGCCGAGGGACGAGCACACACGAUGGCAUUGCCAUUGCUUAUGCCACCCUGGAGCAUUUCAUCAGAGAUGUGCAGGCCCUGACGCUGUUUGUCACCCAUUACCCGUCGGUGUGCGAGCUGCAGCGGCUGUACCCCCGCGCCGUGGGCAACUACCACAUGGCCUUCCUGCUCAGCGAGGAGGACAGCACACAGCACACAGGAUCUGAAGUGGAAGAGAAUCCUGAAUUUAUCACUUUCCUUUAUCAAAUAACUAAAGGAGUCUCUGCAAGGAGUUAUGGGCUAAAUGUUGCCAAACUGGCAGAUAUUCCUGAAGAAAUCUUGAAGAAAGCAGCUUCCAAAUCAAAGGAGUUGGAGAGAAUAGUGAACAUGAAAAGGAAAAAAAUGAAGUCCUUUGCUGAAGCGUGGAAGAUAAAUGAUUCUCAGGAACUACAGAAAUGGAAAAAUAUGUAUGAGCCUGAGGAUGAAAGAAAGGACAGUUUUUAAUCCUCAAAUCAUGGUUAAAGAUGGAAGAUACUGGAGGUGCAAAAUACAUGUCUGGAGCUUAAUGGAUUUUAUCAGGGUGUAGUUCCAGGUGCACUGAGUUGACUUUUUUGCUUUCUGAGAGAUCACAGAUGCUGCAUCAUGUGUAAUUUUCUCACUCCACAUCCCUUCCUUUUCACCCUUUUCCUUAAGUGCAAACUGCCUAAUGGGGAUUGGUUCUAAUUUGUUUUAAAACCAUGAAAAAUCAUUGAUAAAUUAUAAGGUAACUUUUUAUAAAUAAAACUGUGUGUUUCACCUUUAUUGUA